CGCGAGCAGCUCGGCUCAUUUGCAGCCCUAAUCCUCCGCUCCUUUGCUUUAGGCAAUUUUUCAUCAAUUCUUUUCUUUUCUUGUGUUCUGCUCAGUUAUGUGGCCUUUCUUCCUCUGUUUCCCUCCUUGUGAGGACGUCUCUGUUCCUCUCGGUGUAGAGAUGGAUUUUGCUCCCAUCAUGGCUGGAUCCAGAUUUGUGUGGAUGACCUUUGGUUGGUGUUUGAGGUGUUAGUGUUGUGGUGUAUGAUCCACGAUUGAACCUCUCCUCUCAAGUUAUUGGGACCAACUGAUUUAUGAUAUGGUAUCAGAGCCUUCUGUGACCGAGAGGUCUUGUGUUCGAUUCUCGGUGACCCCCAUUUGUUAAGCACAUGGAAUUCUUGUCUUCAGACCUGUGCAAACUCCAAGCCCUUGUAACUUCAGACCUGUGCAAACUUCAAACCCUUGUGAGUGGUUUUCGUUUGAGGGGGCGUGUUAGUGUUGUGGUAUAUGAUCCACGAUUGAACCUCUCUUAAACUCGAGUUAUUGGGAUCAACUGGUUUAUGACAUGAGGGAGCCGAUUUUGGUUCGCUCGCUCCUUUCUGUUCCUCUAUCUACCUCCACAUGCUUCAUCCAAUACUGGGGAUGAUUCGGAGAUGCAUGGGCCUUUGUUGUCUAGGAUAGUGUUUCAGAGAGCUUGUGAGCAGGGAUGUCAUUUUCGUGGAUAGGCUCUGCCGCUUGCUCAGAUCGGUGGCGGUUCGUCACUUUUCUGUCCGUUUCUGGAGUGCUUCUUUGGUUUCUCUUGGUGGUGCAGGUGAAGCUUGGAGCGGAUCUGGAUUUUGUCAGGAACACUGCCUUGAUGUAAAGAUGUCAUCAGACAAGAUCUGGAUUUUAAAAGACACCGGUUUGGCAUUAUAUCAUAACAUAUUUUCUACUUAUAUUAAUCUGUAAGUUCAAUUGUCUAAUUUGAGGCGCAGAAUGCCAUAUUUGAUGUAACCUCUACAUCUUUUAUAUGGGUUCCCCGCCUUCUCUUUUCCCUUCAGUAAUAACUAGCUUUUAUCCCGGCCAUUGGCCGGGUGAGUUUCAUUUCAUUGUGAAUACGGGUUCUUUUUGUUCGGACAAUUUUUUUUUUUGUGAUGAUUGAGUGUAUAUCUUGCAUUAUUAAUGAUUUAUCCUUUAUGUAUAAUCAUAUGAUUAAUAAAUUGGAUAACAAAUCAAUGUUAUAGGUUGAAGAAUUGUAUAAUACAAAUGUCUAUAGUUGUUUCCCUGCUGUCGCGAUAAGACUAUGUUAGAUUGAAUUUCACACAUGGUGCUAUAUAUUAUGAACUCAAAAUAUACAUUUGUAAUUGUAUACAUAAAAUUUAUAAGUCUCAUAUUGACAUUUAUUAAACUCAUUGUCAUUUAUCAAAUUAAGAAUAAAGUCAACUCAUAUUCAUAUUCACUAAAGUUGGAACAAUCUCAUGCUAAUUUGGCUUCCACAUAGUCACAGUUCGCAAAAAAAAAAAAAGACAAAUAUAUUCAGUAGGUUGGCAUGAUUUGCAAAAAAUGGUCAUUCCAAUUGUCUCUUUUUCAUGUUUCCUCUGCAAUUUCAAUCUUAUUUCUUACUUGAAUGUAUUUAAACAUAUAUCUUUGAACACAUAAUAUGCAUAUCUUAAAAUUACUACAACAGAUCAAAGGAGCAAAUAUACAUAAUUAGCAACUUACAUGGGAAAGUUCUUGAACAAAAAUAGAAGUUUUGCCGUGGGGAACAUUGGGCCAUUGCCGGCUGCAAGAAGAAGGUAUCAGCGGGAUCAGACGGAGUAUGGAGAGGAGUUCGCGUCGAUGGUGUUAUGGGGGACAGGGGAGGAAGUUGCCGUGGGGGAAUAUUGGGCUUUUGUCAGUUGCAAAAAGAAGAUAGAAAGACGCGACGCUUAAGGGCAGAAGGAGGAAAGACGAAGAGAUGGCCGCCGUUAGGGGAGUCGGUGGUUUUGCAACUAUAAAAAUAACAUAAUACGACGCGUAGGGUGGAGAAAGCAAGGUUAACAUGGACACCAUGGGCUUACGUGGACUGGGGUAAACCUAAAAACCAUUGAAGUUUUUUUUUUAAUUUAAGAUAAUAAUAAGAUAAUUGAUCAAGGCCUGAGAAAAUGCGGAAAAAAAAAAAACAAAAUCUGAAAGUUGCGGGGAACAGUUUGGUGAGAAAGCGCUUUAUAGUAUUUGUAGAUGCUUGCAAGAAGAUCAUGUUGCUGAGCCGUUAUUCCAAAGUGACUCUGCACAUCUCCGUCGGAAGAUUCGUUUUGUGUUUUCUUCUGCAAAGGUAUACUUGCAAAAACUGCAGCAGCUCACUUUCCACGGAAUUGGGCGGACACUUCUUGGACGGAUUUAUGUUGCUUGUCUAAUUAAUGAUCGGAACAAGCUUGAGCGGCUUUCUUUGCUGUCAUCGGUUCGCCGUCUUAGCCAGGAGAAUCAAGCCUAUCUUGUGUACGAGAGUUUAGAGGUGUUUGCAUGGUAGGAACUCUGUUAUUUCUGGCCAUCUGUAUACAUAGGGUUUCUUCUCUUCUACUUUUUGUUACUCUCUACACCUCUUAGUGUAUUUUUCUUCCUAUAAAACUCACUUUAAUAAAAUAAAAUAAAAAAGUGUACUUGCUUGCUUUUGGAUAAUCUCUUGGCUUGUCAGAGGAUGCCUUUUACAUUUAGUGUCAACUUUAGUUAUGUGCGGUUGACAAUGUUGUUAGUGGUGCAGAAACUUUAUAUGCAAUUCCAGCUAGGGACUAGAUACCUUGACAGCCCUCUUGGGGGUUGUCAAUUUCGCUUCCCCUUUAGUAGUCGUCCAUCCCUCUUCCUCACCAUCUGACGGUUGAUGAUGGCCAAGGGCAAAAAGAUAGUGCCUACACUGGAUUCGUCUGCCCACUAAUUGCUUACGUUAGCCGGGUUUUGAAAAGGGAAAGAAUUUGGUGGGGGGAGAGAAAUCAGCCACCCUCCCCGCAGAACGAUUCGUCUCCCCCAAACCCUUUUCCUCCGUCUUCUCCCAAAAACCUUCCCUUCCACCAUCUCCGAUCAAUUUUCUCGACGUUUCCUAUCAUUGUCUCACCCGAUCUCGUGUUGAGUGCAAAGUCUUGGUGUUUGUCUUCCCUAAAACCAUUUUCCCCUCCAUCGUCUCCCAAAAAACCUAGCAACCGUCACCGCCAUCGUCCCUUCUUGUUGUCGUGCAAACCAUUACAGGCGAGGUAUAAUCAUGCAAUCCUUUCUUUCUUGUGUGGCUUGUUCGAUUUGGUUUUUGUACAAUCGAGUGGUACUUUGAAUUGGUAGCGUUGCUAUCACUACAGAGGCAACACUAUUGGUAGCAGUUUUAGUGGUAAUUGUGGCAAUUAUACCAAUUUUAAUUGUAGCAUGGUAGUGGUAGUUUAAUUGAAUGGUAGCACUGGUACUAGCAGAAGUGGUAGUUUACUAGGAGGGUACCACUCACUUUUACCAGUUGUCGUGGUAGUAUAUUAGUGGUAGCACUGAUAUUUGUGUACCAGUGAAUUUUGGUCUGGCAACAAUGGGUUUAAAAUAAUUAAUUGUUACUGGU